AUGAUGAGUGGUGAUGACACCGUGAUGAAUGGUGACGACACCGUGAUGAGUGGUGAUGACACCAUGAUGAAUGGUGACGACACCGUGAUGAAUGGUGAUGACACCGUGAUGAAUGGUGAUGACACCGUGAUGAAUGGUGAUGACACCGUGAUGAGUGGUGAUGACACCGUGAUGAGUGGUGAUGACACCGUGAUGAAUGGUGAUGACACCGUGAUGAAUGGUGAUGACACCGUGAUGAAUGGUGAUGACACCGUGAUGAAUGGUGAUGACACCGUGAUGAAUGGUGAUGACACCGUGAUGAAUGGUGAAGACACCGUGAUGAAUGGUGAUGACACCGUGAUGAAUGGUGAUGACACCGUGAUGAAUGGUGAUGACACCGUGAUGAAUGGUGAUGACACCGUGAUGAAUGGUGAUGACACCGUGAUGAGUGGUGAUGACACCGUGAUGAAUGGUGAUGACACCAUGAUGAAUGGUGAUGACACCGUGAUGAAUGGUGAAGACACCAUGAUGAAUGGUGAUGACACCGUGAUGAGUGGUGAUGACACCGUGAUGAAUAGUGAUGACACCGUGAUGAAUGGUGAAGACACCAUGAUGAAUGGUGAUGACACCGUGAUGAAUGGUGAUGACACCGUGAUGAAUGGUGAUGACACCGUGAUGAAUGGUGAUGACACCGUGAUGAAUGGUGAUGACACCAUGAUGAAUGGUGAUGACACCGUGAUGAAUGGUGAAGACACCGUGAUGAAUGGUGAAGACACCGUGAUGAAUGGUGAUGACACCGUGAUGAAUGGUGAUGACACCAUGAUGAAUGGUGAUGACACCGUGAUGAAUGGUGAAGACACCAUGAUGAAUGGUGAUGACACCGUGAUGAGUGGUGAUGAUACCGUGAUGAAUGGUGAUGACACCGUGAUGAAUGGUGAUGACACCAUGAUGAAUGGUGAUGACACCGUGAUGAAUGGUGAAGACACCAUGAUGAAUGGUGAUGACACCGUGAUGAGUGGUGAUGACACCGUGAUGAAUAGUGAUGACACCGUGAUGAAUGGUGAAGACACCGUGAUGAAUGGUGAUGACACCGUGAUGAAUGGUGAAGACACCGUGAUGAAUGGUGAAGACACCGUGAUGAAUGGUGAUGACACCGUGAUGAAUGGUGAUGACACCGUGAUGAAUGGUGAUGACACCGUGAUGAAUGGUGAAGACACCGUGAUGAAUGGUGAAGACACCGUGAUGAAUGGUGAUGACACCGUGAUGAAUGGUGAAGACACCGUGAUGAAUGGUGAUGACACCGUGAUGAAUGGUGAAGACACCGUGAUGAAUGGUGAAGACACCGUGAUGAAUGAUGACUAA